AUGGCUUUUUUUUUCUAUUGGAAGGGAUUAUUCGACGGCAGACACUCUCAUACCCAGCUGCCUACCUCCCUAAGCCAUUUAGCCACUACAGUUGAUGGAACUGCUUCAUGGAGCCACAGAAGUUCUAUUUCUAACUACCAAUUUUCCCUUUUGUCCCUCAGAAACUUCACGGCAGACUGGGGACCAUUUGAGAGCCCUUGGCUUGCAGGGCAGCUGAGGAUUGAAGUGAGGAAGACCUGA